CUACUUUUGUCUAUAUAUAUUUAAAAGCCACUUGUUUAGCGUUCUACGUUUCUGCUCUAGCGAAAAAUGAAAUCCAAAACGAAGGAGUUACUAUUCGGGAUUUUAGCGAUAAUAGGAGGGGUAUUGAUACACUUUACUUUCGGACACUUUUAUACGAUCGCUAACAUGGUUCCAUAUAUCAUGGGUUACAUUAAAGCAAGAGUCCAGCCGGAUGUUAGAGAUGAACUCGUUAUUUGGCUGUCUGCUCUCGCGCUCGGUGUACAAGGCAUUUCUAUGCCACUCGGUGGUUUUUUGGCAAAGAAGAUAGGCUUCAGAAUCGUUGUUGCGAUCAGUUGCCUACUUGAAAGCGGCAGCGUCCUCCUAACGUAUGUAACAAUACAAAAAUCCUUCGCUGGAGUCAUGAUAACCUAUUCUCUAAUGAAAGGCGCUGGUCUUGGCUUUGGCUAUUCUGUGGUUUUGGCAGUUGCAGGCACGUGGUUUCCAGCGAGACGUGGACUGGUUGUUGGAUUUAUCGUUGGGGGGUUUGGCCUUGGGGCUCUUGUCUUUACGCCCGUGCAAACUGCUUUCAUCAACCCUGAUAAUGUCAAGGUGGAUAAUGUAACAAGACAAUUUACUGAUAACGCUUUAUUGGACCGCGUCCCGACCGUCUUCCUUAUGCUCGGUGGUAUCUUACUCGGGUUACAAAUUAUCGGGUUCAUUUUGCUACGGCCUAAACCAAAACCUUCGGCUGAAGACGAAGCAAGAGAGGAAGAAGAAGCUGUCAGUGGCGUAAAAUCACCGAAUCAACUCCUGGGCAAUCCAGAUCACCAAGCUGAUGAGCCUUUGGAGGAAAAUCUCACUCCCAAACAACUGUUGCGUCGUCUGGACUUCUACCUUCUAUGGUUUGUGAUGUUUUGCAAUAUCAUCCCCAUCACAAUAAUCACUUCGGCGUAUAAGUUCUUCGGACAAUUCUACAUCUCUGAUGACUUGUUCUUAUCCGCAAUUGCCACUACUUCUUCGGUAUUCAACUCUGGAGGCCGCAUUGUUUGGGGUGCAUUUGUAGACAAAGUUUCGUUUAAGAUCCCGCUGUGCGUCAUGUUGUCAAUGUGGGCUGUUAUCCUGAUAACAUUCCCACACCUGAGUCUGACUCAAGAUGUUACGCUCAAGGUCCUUUAUGCGAUCUGGGUGUGCCUAUUAUUCUUCUCUUUGAGUGGCGUGUUUGCCAUUAUGCCUGCUGCCACAGGCAGGUUAUUCGGUGCCGCGAACCUUGCUGUCAACUACGGACUUGUGUUCAACGCUUUCGCUGCCGGGAGCAUUCUGUGUGCUCUUAUUACCUCCUUCGUACGUUCCAAAGAUGCUUACCUCGUCCAGUUCACCGGAUGUGGAUGUGUAUGUCUUCUUGCCUUGUUCACUGUCUUUUGGAUCGAAGAUAAAAGAAUGCCCCCUCGAUGGAAUAUAUGCAGAUGGUGCUCAACGCGCUGUGCGAAUUGGCGAGGAUACCAGCAGCCUGGAAGCAGAGCAUUUGAAAUGGACACUAAAGGUCAUUGAGAACGGUGUCUAAGAAUGUCGUCUGUCAGUCGUGGGCAUGCCUUCCCUGAACCGUUGUUAUCUCGUUUUUGUGUGUGCCUUGUUGCCCAUCUCCCUCCAAACUCUGCGUAAAUUAUCAUCCCACAUCAGAGGAACAAGCUCCGCUAUACAUAGUCCACAAUGGAAAAUUAGGGACUGUUUUCUUUGGUCCUAACUAAUAUCCUUAUCCUCCUAGUGAUUCCAUCAAAUGUGAUUCCUUCCAGAUAGGUAUAUUUCGAAAUACAAAGUUUAUCGUUGAA